AUGGCAGAAGCAAUUCAGACCGGAGUUCAGGCUGGUGUUCAAGCCGCUUUCACGGCAAAUGCGGCAAACGCAGCAAACGCACCUCAACAACGCAAUCUCCGCAACAAUAACCCAGUCUUUGAUGAGCAUGAGGAAGAUUGCGACGAGGAGAACCCGUUCGGCGAUAAUAAUCAGCACAAUCAAAUACGAGGAAGACAAAACAUGAAUGGCGACGACCCACGCUGGUUUUCAGGCAUCAAAAUUGACAUACCUAAGUUCCAUGGAGGAUCACAACCAGAAGAGCUACUGGACUGGUUUGUCACGGUCGACGAAUUCAUUGAGUUCAAAGACGUGCCGGAACAGAAAAGAGUACCGCUUGUCACUACUCGUUUUCGUGGUCACGCCGCCUCAUGGUGGAGUCAAGUGAAACUUUCUCGUUCCCGUCGGGGUAAAGAGAAAAUAACUUCAUGGGACAAGCUCAAGAAACAUAUGAGGAAAACUUUCAUCCCAUAUAAUUUUGAGUGUUUCUUGUUCCAACGGUUUCAUAACAUACGACAAGGAUCACAACCGGUCGAAGAAUAUGCUAAUGAAUUCUAUCAGAUGCUCACGCGCGUAGACAUUCAUGACUCCGAGGACCAGCUGGUCGCUCAUUUUAUCGCAGGUCUCCGCCCUCAAUUGCAGAAUAUGCUGCACCAGUUUGAUCCAGGCUCUGUCUCGGAAGCUCGGCAACGAGCCCUCUUAGUCGAACAACAGACACGCUUGGGCGCUGGCCAAUGGGCUGGAAAUAAUCGAGCACGCACACCUACGGAUGAUUCAAAACCCACUACCAGUCGCGACAACACAACGACAACAACCCCAACCGGUCCACGCCAAAACACGGAACCGACGGAAACCACCGCAGCAGCAAUAGAACCUCGACCGUCUGGACCUAAUGCACUCCGUUGUUUUACCUGUGGUGAACGCUGUCAUAUACAAACGGCUUGUCCUAAUAAUGGUCGACGUGGUUUAAUUGCCAAUGAUCGAGAGAUCACGGGUGAGCCCGUUUAUGACGAUGAUGAGGACCAAUACGAUGACACCGGAGAGGAACAAGUUUAUGGUGAUACGGGUACCUGUCUCAUGCUACACCGCAACUGCCUCGCCCCCAAAACAGAUGAGGCAUGGCAACGUACAUCCUUGUUUACCUCGACUUGUACAGUUAAGGGAAAGGUUUGUCGUUUCGUAAUUGAUUCAGGAUGUUCGGCGAACGUGGUGUCUGAAGAGGCUGUCCGCAAACUCGCCUUAACACCAGAAGCUCAUCCUCAUCCAUACCGCCUGUUAUGGAUGCAAACCAGAGCAGAAGUUUUUGUUUUCCAGCGAACUCUGUUGACACUCUCUAUCGGAUCUUUCUACAAAGACAAUUUGUAUUGCGAUAUAGCCCCUAUGGAUGUGUCUCACAUCAUCUUAGGACGACCAUGGCAGUAUGAUAGAGAAGUUAUACACAACGGGAAAAAAAAUAAAAGCUCUUUUAUGUUUGAAGGACGGAAGAUCACGUUGCUCCCAUCCCCUGAAAAGGACCACGCCAUCAAGCAACAAACGUCACCGUCUAAACAAAAUUUGUUGAUCGUCUCGCGGUCACAGUUUGAAGUGGAGCUACGUGAUACAAGCCAGCUCUUUGCUUUAAUCGCGAUCCCUCCACCAUCAACACAACAACUAUCCUGUCCACCAGCGUUUGUGACACUUCUCAGAGAGUUUGAUGUUUUAUUUCCCGAUGAACUUCCAGCAGGAUAG